AUGUAUGUGCAACAAAGAAAGCGUUUAAAGCUUAUUACACCGUCUAAUAUACCUGGUAAGGUACUCAGAACUUGUGUACGAUGCAGACAGCACAAGACUAAAUGUGAUGCUUCAAUAACUGACCCGUUACCAUGUUCACAUUGUUUUAAGAAGAAUAUAAACUGUACAUUAGAUAUAAUAACCAAGGAUCCGAAUAGGUCAAAUGACAUGGUGAAUAAAUUGAGUGUUGAUGUUAGAUCUUUAAAGAAAAGUUUAGACACGUUAAUCAACAGAAAGUUCAAGAUGAUAAACAUGCUUGUUGAGAAAGGUGUGUUGAAUGUUGGAAAGCUGACAAGUAUGACGCCUCCUAUUUCUAAGAUCGAGGCAUGUCUUAACUCUCCUGUGGAAACCCCGAUGCCUUUGACUCCAGAAUCACCUAAGUUAGGCACCUCAUACACUAUCAAUAGCCAUCUCAGCACCAAAGCAUUUUCUAUUUCACGAGAGGAAGCCGCUGAAAGCUUCCACAACUAUCAUUUGCAUUUCAAUAAAUAUUUGCCGAUAUUUCCCGAAGAGUUCUUCGAUACUAUAAAUAUAGAUAGAUUUUACGAACAGAAUGACUUAUUAUUUUGGAGUAUCAUACUCAAGUCAUAUUUGAACCAGCCUGAAACAACCAAAUACAUGCAUUUAUGUAAUCACAUCAAGUCAUUAGUGGUUGCAAAAUGUUGGUUUAAUACCCCAAGAUCGGUAUAUAUACUAUCGUCAUUAUUAAUUUUAACUACAUGGCCUUUACCCUCGGAAAAAUAUCUGAAUAAUGGAGAUAGCAUAUCGAUUAAAUACCUUUCGUUAAUGAAAAACAUAUCAUUACAGUUAGGUUUACACAGAUCACAGUUUAUUGAUGAGUUCAGUCAUAAAACAGAAAUUAAUGUAUCUAAUGAAUUGAAGUUGAACAAUUUAAUAAGAGAUAGGAUUUACAAAUUCAUUAAUAUUAACUCAAAUUAUUGUUUAAUUUACGCUGGUUUGUCGCAUCUUAAUUACAAUGGUUUUCAACAAGAUUUCAUUAUUAAUAAAGCAAAUCAAGAUUUAUUUAACAAUAAUAUUGAUAAUGAGGAAGACAAAUAUAUCAAUUCAUUAUUAAAAAUUUCUUUAGUGCAAUUAAAAUUGAAUGAGAAUAUGAAUGAUAUCCUUAACGACAAGAAAAUGUACGCACAUGCAAAUUCUGAUAAGCUAAUAAAUUUGAAUAUGUUUGAAAUAAUAUUGAAUGACUUCAAUAAAGAUACUAGUCCACUAUUGUCGAACAAUCUUAUAAAAUUAUCUGUUGAAUUUCUGAAAUUACAGUUAUUUGUUUAUUCUUUUAGUCGUAUGGAUAUUUCCAUUGUUGAAUAUCGCAAUUGCAUUUUGAAGGCUAUCAAAUCAUGUUACCUUAUUUUAGAUUUGUUUUCGAAAGAGUUUGUAGAUUUAAGGAAUUUCAAUCAGCUCCCAGUGCAUUACAAAUUCAUUAUUGAAUUAACAACGUUAAUAAUGUUGAGAAUUCAUUCAUGCCCCUUAUUGAAUAAGCUUGAAGAUUAUCAAGUCUUAAAGAGAAAUUUUCAAAAGGCAUACGGAAUACUAUCCCUCAAUAAUAAUAAGGCUUGGUUAAGUUUGAAUGGUAGAUUACGAAAAAUCAUCGAAAAGUACGAUACUCUUUUUAAAGAGAAGCCACAGGCUAUUUUAAAUACAUCUGAUUCUUUUUUUCUUAUUAGCAAGAUGCAAAAUUAUUUGGUUUCAAGUUUAAACUAUGAAAUGGUAUGGUACAUAUAUCAGGAUUCGAAGAGCGAAGACAAUUCGGAAGACGGCGACACGGAAAAUGAGAUUAAUUGGUUAAGGUUUGGGUUGGAUGAGAAGAAUGUUAAUUCUAAAGAAAUCAUAGAUUAUCUCUCGAAUGAAUGUUCAAUAUAUAAAUAA